GUCCAUUCCCUAUCGGAGCACAGUAAUGAGAGGAGCGCUUCGCUUCUUAUCUCCAUGCUGAGGAUCGACCCUGCUAUUUGCCUUUAAUGAAACUGCCCGCCUUUUGCUGCAAGAUUUUCUUUGUUUUACUUACGGCUCCUUUGCCCUGAAAAGGAAAGACAGAGGGUCUUAAAAAAAAGUCGAAACUUGAGACAUGCAUCAUAUCGGUGGGGGAGGAAGCUUUAUUCAGCCAUUUUGAGCUCGUGUAGUCAAGAGAUUGCCAAAUCAAAAUGGCAUAAAGGUAAAUUCUAAAAGUGAAACCAACCAUAUCAUUGGAAUCCAAGCCAUCAACAUGACAGAAAUCAGACCUCCUGGUUUGAAGGCAACUCCCAAAUGCAUCCUGAUUACUCUUAAGAUUCUAAAAAUUGGCUCAACUCCACUUUAACCUUAUCUGGAUUGAUGUUCAGGAAAAUUUGGUGUAAUUUGUUUUCUUUCUGAAAACUUUGGUUAUUCUGACCAGAAGAUUCCUUUUUGUGGAAGUAUGCUUAAAACUGUUGCUGUUCAGCAACCAACCGCUUAAGACUGGAGUCAUAACAGAGAUCUCUUUGAAGAGCACACAUACAGAAUUCAUCCACAUGGUUCACUGACACUAUCUGUUUUCCUCCCCUCUAUUUUUAUUGCCUAAGUGGAGAGGAGUAUUAUCAUCAAGAAGGUUUCACAAUGUUUGUUCACAAGCUGCAGAAGCUUCAAUGGUUUUUGUAUUUGCUGAUUUUUGCAGUGCUGCUGCUAUCUGUUUUUUUCACUUACACUGACAAAAUUAACUUAACAUUUCACAAAUUCUUCAAUGUGAGAAAAUGCAAAUGCAACCACUGUGUUUCUGAAUUAGGGGAAUCGGAGUGGUUUGACAAGCGAUACAUUCCAACUAUGUAUCCCAUCCUGACCAAAAGUAACUACAUGAUUCCUGAAGAGUCCUACAAAUGGUGGCUGAGGCUUCAACAUGAAAAUAGCCCAUCCAAUAUUAGCAGCUUAAUGGAAGAACUAUUUAAUCUGUUUCCGGGGGACAACAUGUUCAUGGACCAGGGACCAAACAGAUGUAGGACAUGCGCUGUUGUAGGAAAUUCUGGCAAUUUAAAAGGAUCCAAAUAUGGACCAUCAAUUGACUCUAAUAAUGUAGUCAUGAGGAUGAAUCGGGCAAAAACAGCUGGCUACGAGGCAGAUGUGGGCACUAAAACCACGCAUCACUUCAUGUACCCUGAAAGUGCUCAGAACCUUGCAAAUAAUGUGUCCUUGGUUCUGAUCCCCUUUAAAGUAUUGGACAUAAAGUGGCUAAUCAGUGCUUUCACAACUGGCCAUAUCACUCGCACUUAUGUACCGGUGUUACGUAAGAUCAAUGCAAAUAAAGAAAAGGUAUUGGUCUACAGCCCACGUUUUUUUAAGUAUGUUCAUGACAACUGGAACGAGCAUCACGGAAGAUACUGCUCGACUGGAAUGCUGGUCAUAGCUUUUGCACUUCAUGUCUGUGAUGAGGUGAAUGUUUAUGGAUUUGGAGCUGACAGCUUUGGAAAUUGGCACCAUUACUGGGAGAAGAAUGCUGGCGCAGGAGCCUUCAGAGGGACAGGAGUUCAUAAUGGAGAUUUCGAAGCCAAUGUCACUAAGUUGCUUGCCAGUGUUGGUAAAAUCAAUUUCUUUAAAGGCAUUUGAUCCUGAAAGACUGUAAGAGCUCCAGACAAAGAUUAUACAUAUUGUAAAUGUCUUAAGCUUUAUUGAGUUGAUGAAUGGUUCAACUAGGAAAUUUAGGACUGCUUUGGAAACUCAGAAGAUCAGCUCCUAAUCAUCUAUAAUUAUGCAAAUGAAAAGUCAAAUUGUUUCUACUCUCUUCCAAUAAUGUGCCUUAAUUCCAAUCUUAGAAAAACAUGCCUUACUGAAACACUGAAUUUUUUGUCCCUAAUUUGACAGAUCUUUGAUCUGUCUGAGUGCGUUUCUGAAUCCAGGCUAAUUCAUACCAAAUUAUCAUCAGUCUCACACUGUGCACCUACAUUGAUCACUGACUCGGCUGGAACCAACCUAGACUCAUUUUGUGUCUCCCUAAUUUUAGUCUGAAGAACAUUUCUCCAGUUAGGGAGCGAGUUGGGGGCGGAGAGAAUUUAUCUGUCGUGCACUGUAUUAAAAUAUUAUCUAUAGGAAUCGUCAGUUUGAGUUCAGCAGGUGUGAUCAUCUAGUCAGAUUUCCAUAAGGGCCUGGCUUCAUCCAGGUUACUGUCACAAGCGAGACUGGCACAGCCAAUAACCCUUGGUAAACUCAUUAAUAUUCAAAAGAUUCUUGGAACAUGAACAAAUGAGUUUUUAGAGAGGAGAAGCUGGGCAAUUUACUGAAUUAGUGAAGGCUUUAAAUGGAUUAUGAGGAUUCAAGAAUGCUAACUGACAAUGGAGUUGAUUGAAUUUCUUCCUACAAUGCCAUGUUAUAUUAAAAAAAGAUAAUCUUUACUUUAUAAAGGGGCUGACGUCAGAAGUGGUGUUGUCAGCACGACACUCAAUACAACACUAAUUUAGCUAAAGUCGCUAUUCUAUUUUACAUCCAAUGCAAUAAGCCACCUCCGCCAUCAAAAUAAAAUGUUCAAUUGUUCUUCAUUUUCACUAAACCCCAUGGACCUUUGAGUCCCAUUAUAUUAGCACCCUGAAAGAACACUGAUCCAGUUAUGAUAUUAACCAACAAGGUACUUAAUUGGAAUUAGAAUUUAUACAGAAUUAUAUUUAUUUGGGACGAUGGGGAUAUAUUGGUUAUCUUUCCCUGUCAUAUUCUGUUCGCAAGUAUGAAAUGAAUUGGUCAAACAACCUGUUUCCAUUCAGAUUGAUGGUUGAGUGUGUAUAUGCAUGGUGGGAUAUAUAGCCAGGAAAAUAAGAGAUUCAAUCCCCAUGCUGACCUCGUCUCAGGCGACAUUCUGGUUGCUACUGUUGGCGUUGGUGGAUCUGAGUAUGAAUAAUUCAUCCAAGGUUCCUGCUCCUGGUCAUUAAACCACUGGAAAGAGGGCUCAUGUGGCUGUUGGCUGAAGAUAGGAACAUAGGAACAGGAGUAGGCCAUUCAGCCCAUUCUACCAUUCAGCACGAUCAUGGCUGAUCAUCCACUUCAAUGCCUUUUUCCUACACUAUCCCAUAUCUCUUAUCUCAUUGGUAUUUAGAAUUCUGUCAUGUACUGGAAAAUUAAUUGGAAAGAAGUGACUUUGGUGGUGUCUUAGCGAGAUCUAUGGCUGGGGCCUUAACUAUUCAACAUAUAUAUUACUUGGAUAACACAGUAGAGAGCCACAUAUCCAAUUUGGCUGAUGACACAAAAAAUUGGUGGUAAGUACUGUGGCGAAAGCUUAAAAUUAUAGAAGCCAGUGAUAGAUUAAGUGAGUGGGAAAAACUGCAGAUGGAUUUCAAUAAAUAAUUACAAGGUUAACCAUUUUGGAUGCAAUAGAAUAGAUCAGAACAUUAUGUCAAUAGCAAAAAGCUAGGAACAGAGCAGGGCAAAAAGAUUUAGGGAUCCAUGUACAUUGAUCAUUAAAAUGUAGUAGUCAGGGGCAUUAAAAAAAGGGUAAGGAAUGUUGGAUUUGGAGAAAGGGUCAUUAGGCUGUGAUGUCCCCCACCUCACCCCACCACCAUGAUCGAAGUAGCUUGUCUGCACUUGCUAUUGAGGCUCACACAUGAAGAAUGGCUAUUUGAAUCCUGUGAAAACCACACUCCAAAAGUCACCACACCUCUCCUGAAAAAUUGUCACUUGACUGUUCCACCAACAUACUGAUCAGUCUUUCUCUCUUGCUGAUAGAUAGUAAUGUGGGAGCUGUCUAAAUAAUCAUAUCAGACAUUUAGUAAAACUGAAAUUGAGGCAGGGGAAUGUUCCACACCGACAGAAUGAAGGUUGAAAAACACUACCUCUUAGACUGAAACCUGAACUCCUGAAAAGAGACAAAUCCAAGUGAUAAUUUGAAGAGACCAAAUUGCCUCAAACAGGUUGUACAACGCGCUCAAUGACUGGUGUUGUAGAGCAACAGCUAACCAGAGAGGGGAAGGAAUGUAUUAAUGUAUCACAGUUUUAGCAGCCAUUGUGCAGUUAUGUAAGUAGCUAAGCUAAAGUACUAAAAAAAACCAUUGAGGAUGGUUAAGUUCAAAUUGAUGGACAUCAGUGAUUUUGUGUUUGUGUGUCUGUGUAUACAUGAAGUAUAAAAAUGUUUAUUUACUGUAUAUUAGCUCAUCUCAGGAAUGGCAAGUACAUAACAAUGGGCCUCAGUUAAAAUGAACUGUUCUCACAUUAUUGUGAGGUCAGCACAUUUAUGCAUUGGAUUAGCAGAUACAUGGAGAGUAUUAUUACUGGCCCCUCACUGUCACUUGAGAAGUGCGUUAGGGGGCAGAUGAUACCUUUGGAACUCUGCCCCAGCAUAUGUCAUAUAAUGGAAGAUGAACAUUGCAGUCAGGAUAUAAGGGAUAAAUCCAGCCAUCCCACUCCUCCUUAAAGGGCUCCCCCUUGCAAGGCGCCCACUCCAUGGGAGUCCAAAUCAAAUUUAGGUCUACAGCAAUGUUGGCCUUGUUUUCCAAACUUAUCUCCUCUCCAAUGGGUGUCAUGAGGAGUUUGGAGUUAGCCCUAUGGACCUAGGAAGUGGAAAGUUAUUAACUGUAUGUAACAAAAUUAAUUGUUAAAAUGGAAGGGUGUUGCCAGCUUAUUAGUUCUUGAGUAAAUAUAGGGCUCUUUUGAUGCACAAAAUUUUUUCAAUGAAAUGUAUGUUGCUGCUAACCAGCUAACAACAUGACUUUAGUGGUUCCAAUUAUUAGUACUGAAUUGAAGGCUUUUAAGGAAUAUCUUUCCAGCCUAAACUAAUGCUAAAUUAAAAGCUAAAUACUGCGGAUGCUAGAGAUCGGAAAUAAAAACGGAAAAACUAACACGAAGUUUGUUGAAGGGACCUUUUGCCUCAAGGGUCCAGAUUUUUGAAGAGUUGGAAAAGUUGAAGGGGGAUAAAGUUCUGAAUUCUCGUUUGCAUAGUUCCCAACUGUUUUAAAAUCUCAAAAUAGUCACGUGAAAGUGGAAUUAGAUUAUCUGUGAUCCAGGUAUCAUCUUGGACUCCUACCUGGUCUUAGUUUCUUUAGAUAAUAAGUCUGGUCUAAGUGAAUGUGAUACUUAAUUUAAGACCAAAGCAGCUAACUCUCUGCAUGGCUCACUUAGUAAAUGGGCUGUAGCACUGAGCUGUACAGACCAUGACAGCUCCAUCUUUUAUCUUUGUUCUGUGCUGAAAAAAGAUGAUCUCAGCAGUACGGUGGCAGACACACUGCCCCUCAGGCAGAUAAAGGAUCAGUAAGGGUUCUGAUUGUAAUCAAUGUCCAGUUAGACCCUGCUGCAAUUAACUGAAGUACUGUACGCCACCGGCAAUGAAGUAAGUAGCCUGCUGACAAGCAUAUGAAAAAUAUGAGUGAGUCACUGUACAACAAUUGACUAUCUAUGGAGAUGUACCCUAGUAAGAGUCAUUGGGCUCAUUUUGACUUUGGAUGAUGGUGUAGGACAGGUGAUAUCAGUUCAGCCACCCAUCACUUCUCCUGAUUUUCAUUUCCACUGAAGUCAACGGAAGAGAAAUUUGGGUCAUUUGUGUAAUGGGAGGCUGAAACUAUAACGUCUGUUAUAUAACUCAGUUCAAAUUUGCCCCAGUGCCUUUUGUGGGAGGAAAAUGGGAAAGUAUAGCUUGUAUUUUAUCGUUGUGUUUAUUUUACUUGUGUGAUAGGUGAAUAGGAUGAUAAUUUUAAAGAAGUACUUCUGAAAUCAUGUGAUGUAUUGGAAAAAUAAUUGUGCCUUUUGGUUAAUUUGAUGCCUUUCUAUGGCAAUGCUAGAUGCAAAAUUGUAGAUGUAAGCUUUAAAAUUAGGAGGUUGGAGGGAAAAAAGGAGAGAUGAAGAAUACAAAAUUUCAUUUUCUUUAAGACCCCUCUUGAAAAUUAUUUUUCUACUCUUUAAUCCUUGCCUUGGGUUUCCUCUUACUCUUCCCCACCAGUAAGUUUGAAAAAUGCUGCUCUGAAAUUGGUCCUUGAGACCCGGCUGGGAGUAAAAAACUGGCCAGCCAGCCUACAGAAAUGCCUAUAACCCCCACCCUGGUGUGGAAGUGUUCUCACGGUACCAUCAGUGUGAGCUGCCCCUUCCCUGGCAGAGCAUUUCAUUGCAAGUUUGAAACUGAGUCAUACUGACUAGAAAGGUCCUAUAUUGAAUGUCCAUGUCCACAGCACUGUUGUUUACUAAUGACUGAAUAAUCCAAAUUUAGUUUCAAUUAUUUGAGAAUGUUAUUGUACUUCACAUUUCCACCCGCACAUGAUUAAGAUCAUUGGUUUACACUGACAUUUGAAAUCGAAUUCCACCUGAAUUAUGAGAUAAUGAGAUGUUCAGGAAUGUUUUGGGAGUCAAAAUAUGAAAACCGUAGAUCAAUGUCAUAGAGUCAGAGAACAGUUGAGUCUGUGUCAGCUGUCUGUAAGAGCAAUUCGGCUAGUCCCACCACACACCACCCCCACCCCCACCCCACUGUCUUUCCCUAUAACCCUGCAAAUAUUUUGUCUUCAUGCUCAUCCAAUUUCCCUUUGAAGGAUAUGAUUGAAUCUGCCUCUGCCCCAUUCUCAGCCAGUAUAUUCCAGAUUCCAACCACUCGCUGCAUAAUUUUUUUUCCCUCAUGUCCCCAUUGGUUAUUUUGACAUUCACCUUAAAUCUGUGCCCUCUGAGUCUCAACCCUUCUGGCAAUGGGAUCAGUUUCCCUAUACUCCAUCCAGACCCCUCAUGAUCUUGAACAGCACUAUCAAAUCUCCUCUCAACCUUCCCUUCUCAAUGGAGAAUAGCCUCAGCUUUGCCCAUCUAUCCACGUAACUGAAGUCCUUCUACCCUGGAAGUAUUCUCAUAAAUCAUUUUUGCAUCCUCUCUUAAACCUUCACAUUCUUCCUAAAGUGUGGUACCCAGUAUUGGACACAAUAAGCCAGUUGAGGGCAAAUUAGUAUUUUUUAAUGAUUCACCAUUACUUCCUUGUUUUUGUACUCUAUGCCUUUAUAUAUAAAGCCCAGGAUCCCAUAUGUCUUUUUUAUACACUCUUUCAACCGGUCCAGCCACUUUCAAUGAUUUUUGCACCUAUACCCCGAGGUGUCUCAAUAACUGCACUCCUUUAGAUUGCACCAUUUAGUUUAUAUUGCCUCACCUCAUUCUUCUUACCAAAAUGUAUCAUUUCACAUUUCUCUGCAUUAAAUAUCAUUUGCCACCUGUCCGCCCAUUCACUCAGCCUGUCUAUGUCCCCUUGAAGUCUAUCACUAUCCUCCCCACAGUCCACAACACUUUCAUGCUUUGGGUCAUCUAAUUUUUGAAGUUAUACCCUGAGUGCCUUUGAAUGAGGGACUUCCCCUCCACUGCCCGUCAUUGGGUUAAUAAUAAUUAAUUGCCCACUUAGGAGCUUCAAUUGGCGUUGGGGCAGGAAGGUUGUCCUCGAUCGAGCCUUUCCACCAUAGGCUUAAUUGGCAUGGAGGCAGGAAGGCGGUGAGGUCCUGCCUGCCACACUCCUGCCAAAUUAAAUGCCCUCCCUGCCACCAAACUUGCCACAGGGAAGGGCAUGAAAUUUUGUCCAUAUCUGAAUUACCUUCUCUUUCAUUAUGAUUUGGCAGUAUUUCCUUCCUUGUAAAAACAGAUGCCGAGUAUUGAUUUGGUACUUCAGCCAUGCCCUUUGCCUGCAUAUGUAGAUCCUCUAAUUGGCCCCACCCCUCCUCUUACUACCCUUUUUAUUAUUGAUAUGUCUUUAGAAGACUCCUCUGCUUGUUUGUGCUGAGCUCAGGCAGUCAAGCACUAGCGAGCAUUACAACUGGUCUCAGUCCCUCAGAGUGAAACGAAGUUCAGUGGAUGCCAUUACUGUCAGAUCUAGGACUGUAUUGGGCUCCACCACCACUCCGUCACUUGGUUGGCUGGCUGGCACUCAUUGUCAAGGCUGACAUGUGAACAAUAACCACUUAAGCAUGAGAAGCAACUGUCUGUAUGUAACUCCAGUGUGGUUGCUGCUUAACUGCCCUCUCAGUGGUUUGCUAAACUACUUCAGUUCAAGCAGGAGGCCUAUACCACCACUUCCUCAGGGCAACCAGCAAUGGAAAAUAAAUGCCAGCCUUACCAGCAACACCCAUACCCUGAGAAUGAACACAGGAAAGAGAAGCUCUCCUACUUUCUUCCAUCCUCUGAGUAAAUCAUCUCUCAAACUGGAACUUGCUGUUGGGUCUUUUAAGAAAAUCUGUAUACAUAUUUUCUAUGGACAUUUUACAGGAUAACAAUGUUUUAAAGUUAAUAGAUGGAUAAGUGAAUGUUUCAAUUUGUAGCAGUUUAGGUCCACUAAAUGAAUUUUAUUUCUAUCAGUGAUAGAGAUAGUGAUCAGUGAUUAUGCUGUUAAAUUACUGAAAUUCUACCUGUAUUUAAUAAUCCAUUAUUAAUACUGGUGGUGGGUGCAAUACUUAUCAAGCGGCAAUUUUGUAUUUGUUUUUAGAGUUCAUUGUUUGACUUAAAUGGGCAGUAUAUUGAUUAAAGGACAGGAAUCAGGUUAAGUUAAUAUAUCUUAUGAUUGUCCCUUUAUACUUGCAGUUUGCUCUAAAUAACUUCUUAUUAAUCUUCCUUAUGUUUUGAAAAUGCUGCUUCGAAGCAGCCCAUGAGCAACCAUUUGACAAAGAGCUGUUCCUUUUCCCGUGACAUCAUGAGCUAUGGGCAAUGCUCAGGGAAGAUCUCAAACAUAAAUAAGGAUACAUUCCACCCAGGAUGUCAGCUUGUAACUUGUGUUCAACCACAGGUGGAAACCGGCAUGCUCAGUAUUGCACUAAGCUGGGGAAGAAGAACAAAAAUUAAAAUCAACCAGAAUUACUGGUCCUGGUCACUGUCCAGUGAACCUGCACUGCUAGAGGAUGAGCACAAGGAAGGAGCUAAGCUUUGAUCACCACCCAAUGAGUGUACAAAUGCUGGCUGUUUAGGUUCCUGGACUCCAAGGUCCUGGAAAUGUGCUGCUGCCAGUGUGUACCCCUGUCUUCAGCAAAGGGGGGCAGUAGGGGGAAAGCCCGAGAGUAACUGGUCAGGGGUGGGCUGAGUGUAAACACUGGAGGUAAUUUUCCGAGCACGUGGCAGCGACAGGGAAUCUUGUCCACCAGCAAUUUGUGUUGCAAAAUCAUGGGAAUGCUGCCUGUGACUUUCUACACAUAUUUAGUGAUGGACUCUCCAAUUCCCCACCCAAUGUAUGGGUAUAAGUGGUGAGUGUGGGCAACGUGCCAAUGAUUUCUGAGUUAUACCAUAACUGGGAAGAGCAUUACCUGAAAAAUUAUCAUCAGUCAACACAGCAUUCCUAUUUUAAAAAUAUGUAUAUGCCGAUUAUUUCCCAGUCUGUAUUUAAUGCCCGAUCAUUUGAUUGUUAUCUGAUUCGAAAUUCAAAUUAAGCUUGUUUUUUCCUUAUAUCUUGCCAAGUGCUGCCCUCAUAUUGCCAAUGAAAAUGAAUCAUUUCUUACACUUUAAUUUAUUAUGCAAUAUAUUUAUGAAUAGAUUUCUGACUGUGGGGUACAAUUAAUUUCAUUAAAUAUGUUGUGGAAGGAU